CUGAAAUCCUUCACUUGGAUGAGGUCAUGAAACAAAGUGCAGGGGGUAUCUGUUUCUUCUCGGACAUGCUGUUCUGAUGAAGUUAACGCUGGAAAAAUGCAUGAAAUAGUGGAAAAUGACACCCUAAUUUCGAAGGAAACUCAGGGAGCAAAAGUGUACAUCACAAUAGGUCUGCAUGCAGGCAGGGACACUUGCCAGGCCCCUUAAGAUGGCUGCUGGAGUACCAAGAUCGCAGAUGAGUGACCCUGUCCUGUAUUCUUGUCAUAUGCCAAGAAACGAAAAAUUUAAUUUUGACCUCUUGUUAAACCAUAAAUAAAAAAGUAACAUCAAGGUGUAUUCCACACAUUUGAUAUUGUGAUUUGCAAGAUUUCACACGUAAUUAAAGCUACCACAGGCAAGUUGUGUAUGUACUAAUUCUCUUGGAAAUGACAGUAUCUUACUAAGUGUAACAGAAGAGAUUUGAAAGCAUACGACGAGCAUUUUACUGCAUAAAAACAACUGACUGUCAAUGGCUGAUUCAACUGACUCGAGUAUAAUAAAGCAGUCACAGUUCAGGUUAUUUGAAACUGUCAAAAAAGUCUCCUUUGAGUUAGAAUGUGAGUUAAUGCUGCGAGCAGACAGCCUUAGCUGGAAAUGGCAGUCACCUCCUCCAGAAGGAAAGGAUAUAGUUGCGCACACAGAAGAAGAAGUCCGAAUAUCUUGGGUUUUAAGAGUGUUAGCUGAACCAGACGACAUGGGAGAUGAGACAAGUCAUGCUGAAAAUGCUCCAACCAAACUUGUCAUCUACUUUGUCCGCCGGCUUAGUGAGCCAGAUUUCCAGUACUGUGUUGAUAAUGUUACCCUCCAUGGCCCGUCCAGUCUCUGUGAGGAGUGGGUUAUCACCUUGACUGACCACCUUCAUAGGACAGCCCCUCAACGCCCCAAAUCUCUUCUUGUCAUCAUAAACCCAUGCAGUGGUGGAAAAAAGGCAGAGAAAAUGUUCAAAAAUGACAUUGCUCCAAUUUUCCAGCUAGCAGGAAUCAAAACAGAUGUAAGAGUGACAGCCGAAGCGAGAGACUCCUUCAACAUCCUUGGAAAUAUUGAUUUGUCUGUAUUUGAUGGGCUGGUGUCAGUGGGUGGAGACGGAACACAUUAUGAAGUUAUUGCAGCUUUAAUACGAAAAACAAUGAAAGAUAAAGGCGUUGAAGAAUUGACCUCUUCAACAGUUUUACAGUCUCCUUCCAUCAGACAUGGCAUGAUUCCAGCAGGGACUGGGAACGGAGGUCAGUUGUUUGCCAGUUACAGCAAGGAUCCUGUCACAAAUGCUAUUGUCAUUGCCUUAGGAGAUUCCAAACCAAGGGAUAUCUUGAGCCUUCACUGUGGUGACAAAUUCUUGGAUACUUGUUUCUUCGCCUGUGCUUAUGGCUUAAUGGCUCAAGCUUUGGACACGAUGGAAAAUUACAGGUGGACUGGCCCUUUACGGUUUGUGGCUGGGUGUUUUGUGGGUAUAGUGAAACAUGCUCCAGUGCUCAUGACGAUAGAUUAUCUGCCUGGCAGGCCUUCUGUGAAGAAAGCUGCCUCAGAACCUAAAUCUAGCUCUGCAAAAAAGGUAAAUCUGGAUUCCAUGGAUGAAUCCAGUGAACCCAUAGGUGUCAAUUCCCAGCCAGAGAGGACAGGAGAGAAUCCAGUUAAGGCCAGACAAAACAUUGAAGAUGAAUUGGCUGAACCUGGGAAUGUUUCCCAACGAGAAGGAGCAGGGGAAAUCACAAAAGCCAGCCAGGACAUUACAGAUGAAGCCACAGAUCCAGGGGAUGGUUGCCAGAUGGACGGGGCAGGGGAAAAACCAACAGCCAGCCAGGAAGAUGAUCUUCCACCAGGCUGGGUACGGUUACAUGACAAGAUUCUGGAGGUAGACAUCUUCUGCUUUCCCAACAUGGACAUGGUGGACCUGAACCGCUAUUACCUGUCAGAGCAUACCAUGGAAAAGGGCGCCUUCACCCUUCUGUACUCAAAGCCUUGUGGAAGGAUUGCCCAUAUGAAGUUCAUUGCGAAACUUAUUGAGGGAAACUUGGAACAAGCAGUGGCGGAAUGUGGAUUUGUAGAGUGCAUCAAUGUGAAGGAAUGCAGGGUAAGAGCUGUGCUGGACAAGGGAGACCGCAGACCAAUGAAAAGCAUCAGCUGUGAUGGAGAGACAAUUACCUCCCUUGGUGCUUGUUAUGAAGUCAGGUGUCACCCUGGCCUGCUGGAUGUUUUUGCCAGGACAGAUGGUGGACAGUUGCGUGAACUGUGCAAUAUUGAGAAAGCAACAUCACUGCAAGAGAAAACAGAAUAAGUGCAAAAAGACAAAGACUUCACGGAAUCUUUUGCCCUUCACAUAUCUUUUAUAUACAAUAUAUUUCCUUUGUUAUGAUUUAUGUUUUAAGUACAAUGUUUCAUUUAUGUGAUCAUAAUCAUUUAAUAAGUUGUCAGCAAACAUUUCUGUGAAGAGGUUCACUUAUUGUUAAAGUACUUCAGUUGACCAAAUUGUGGAAUGCUCAGAUGGAAUGCAAAGUGUAACAAUUUUUACGAAUCUGUGGCACUCCGUUAUUUAGUUUGCUCAGUUUUGCAUCUGAAUCUGAAAACGUGCUUAGGGAGGCUGAAAGCUGUUCUCAUCAGAUUAUCGUAUCCAAACUUAAAUCCAUCAAAGACUGCAGUUCCAGUUUUUAUGAUUAUGCAAAAUAUGCCAAACUGACAGAAUAUUUUUGAGAUAAACCAAAAACUGCAUUUCUUGGAUAGGUAUUAUAAGUUUCUGACUUGUCCAAUAUUCUAAUGUUGUCUAAUUCUAAUGAAACUAGAGAGUGUUUGCAUUUCUGACAGUGAUUUCACUUAAUGAGAAAAUAU